GCUGCUGCUGCCGCCGCCGCCGCUGCUGCUGAAUUCAGCUGCUGCUUCCGGCAGGCCAAGACCCCAGAACCCCCCACCAUGCUGCCCACCCUCCCAGCCCCCCUCCUGGGGCCCUUCCUCAUGGCCUGGGUGCUGCCUCUUGCCCAGGGCCAAACCCCCAACUAUACCAGACCUGUGUUCCUGUGCGGAGGGGAUGUGACUGGGGAGUCUGGUUACGUGGCAAGUGAGGGCUUCCCCAACCUCUACCCCCCAAAUAAGGAGUGCAUCUGGACCAUAACGGUUCCUGAUGGCCAGACUGUGUCCCUCUCCUUCCGAGUCUUCGACCUGGAGCUGCAUCCGUCCUGCCGCUACGAUGCUCUGGAGGUCUUUGCUGGCUCUGGAACCUCGGGCCAGCGGCUUGGUCGCUUUUGUGGGACCUUCAGGCCUGCCCCUGUUGUGGCCCCCAGCAACCAAGUAACCUUGAAGAUGACCGCGGACGAAGGCACGGGAGGACGCGGGUUCCUGCUCUGGUAUAGCGGGAGGCCCACCUCUGGCACUGAGCACCAGUUUUGUGGGGGGCGGCUGGAGAAGGCACAGGGAACCCUGACCACGCCCAACUGGCCCGAGUCCGAUUACCCUCCCGGCAUCAGCUGUUCCUGGCACAUCAUCGCGCCCCCAAACCAGGUGAUUGCUCUGACCUUCGGGAAGUUCGACGUGGAGCCGGACACCUACUGUCGCUACGACUCGGUCAGCGUGUUCAACGGAGCCGUGAGCGACGACUCCAAGAGGCUGGGAAAGUUCUGCGGGGACACGGCCCCUGGUCCCAUCUCCUCGGAAGGGAAUGAACUCCUGGUCCAGUUCGUUUCGGAUCUCAGUGUCACGGCCGAUGGCUUUUCUGCCUCCUACAAGAUGCUUCCAGGGGGCACUGCUGAAAAAGAGCCAGCCCCUAGCUCAAGAGAGGACGUCCCCAAAGUCAAGCUGCCCACCAAGCCGAAGAUCCAACCCACCAAGAAGCCAGUGGCCUCCCCUGACACACAGGAGACUCCAGUGCGCCCAGAUGCACCAACAGCCCCUUGCCCAGUUCCAUGCCGCCGGACAGGCACCUUGCAGAGCAACUUCUGUGCCAGUAAUCUGGUGGUGACCGGAACAGUGAAGUCUAUAGUGCGGGGUCCAGGUGAAGGCCUUACCGUCACUGUCAAUCUCAUGGGUGCUUACAAAACUGGAGGAUUGGAUCUUCCCUCUCCACCCACGGACACGCCCUUGAAGUUUUAUGUACCCUGCCGGCAGUGCCACCCCAUGAAGAAAGGAUCCAGUUAUCUGCUGAUGGGUCAGAUGGAUGAAAGCAGAGGUCCCAUCCUUCCUCCAGAAAGUUUUGUGGUACUCUACCGGGCCAACCAGGACCAGAUCCUCAAAAACCUAAGCAAGAGGAAGUGCCCCUCCCAAGCUUGAGAUCCAGGCCAGCUCCAGCCCCAGGCCAUAGACCCCCUGUCUUACCCAAAUAAAUAUAUCUUAACUGAGGAAGAGGACAGAUCUCCAUUUCUUUUUUU